ACUUUUCCUUUUUGUCUCAAGCAAUCUCCCCUCUCCUCUCCUCAUUUUCUCUUCCCCGUGUAGGGUUGCCGCCGCCACCGCCCCAUCGGCACAUCCAAGCUCCUCCGGCGCCCGCUCCUUCGUCGGGAGGACGAGACCAUGGUGGCGACGGACGAUGAGGAGGGGGCGUCCAGGUCGACGAGAAGCUGCGAUUUAGCGCCGCCGCCGCCUCUUAGCACGCAACCUCUCCUUUCCUAUCUCCUCUGCAGCUCCCCUGUUCCUCCGGUGGCAUCGAACCCCAUAGUCAUCUCCUACUUCCCUCUCUUAUUCCCAUGUGUGUCCGCGAGAUGGGCCAAGCUGUCACACACGGCAAAGGGCGGCUGCAGCUACGGCUCCGACGCAGGCGCCGUGGAGGUGGAGGCGGAGCUGCGGCAGCUAAUGGUGGACGGCCGCGUCAGCGACGUCAGCCUCGACGACUCGACGAGUUCCAUCACCUUCACUGCUACGUCAGGAGGCUGGUCUAGAUUAGGUUCGUUUCUUGGAGUAUGACAAGCUGAUGGUGAUCCUCACUCUGACAAAAUAACGAAACAUUCAGUGCUGGAGCUUCCAAAGGUAAGUUCGCCUACUGAUCUGUUUCGUCUCUUAAAAUAAGACUACCCUGUUUCACAAAUUGUUUUGUAACUUGUGAAUGUGGUUUAGGAUAUCUAUUUUUCUGUUAUAAGUGUGAAAAGUGGAGUGGUAUAGCCAUUAUACUCCAAGUUAGUUUACUGAAAUCUGGCCAUGGAUAAACAGGGCUUUUAUCUUGAGCUGCUGCAGCAUACUACUAUGAUCAAGAUGGAAAGUCAAGUGCUUAUUGAUCAAAGAAAUAGCAGCAUAAUAAGUGUGCACUUUUAGAGUUUCAGACUAAAAGAACUGGGAUUCAGUUUCGAUGAACUUUGUUUUUGAACUGUAGUUUUGAUGAACCUGAGCGCAAGUAUUA